AUGGAACUGAGAGGUUUAAACAGUACGUGCAAUUCCGCGGUAAACAAUUUGCAUAUUGCUGUGAAGCAUCUGGAUGAACUGAUGGAAAAAAUGCAAACCAGACUGCAUUCACCAAUUGAGAAUAUCAACUUCAUCAAUGCCAUGAAUGCAGCAAAAUCAGCGACAAACAAUUUAUUGAUCGAUUUGCAGCAAUUGAAGCUUGAAUUGGUUGUCGAUCAAAUCUAA